AUGAGUCGCGAACCUCUUCCCUCAUCCUUCGAUAACAAUCCGUACGUUUUUCCUUGCUACCAUGAGCCCGACCGGCGUACCCGGUGGGUCCAGAAAUUUACCAGACGUCUGAAGGAAGAGCCUUUGAUCCCACUAGGUUGCGCUGCAACAUGCUACGCCCUUUACCGAGCAUACCGAUCGAUGAGAGCCGGCGACUCCGCGGAGAUGAACCGCAUGUUCCGAGCCCGUAUCUACGCCCAAGCAUUCACCCUCGUCGCCCUUGUUGCGGGUGGCAUGUACUUCAAAACCGAGCGACAGCAACGCCGGGAGUUUGAGCAGGCGGUGGAGCUGCGCAAGAAGCAGGAGAAGCGUGAUGCUUGGCUGAAGGAACUUGAGGUCCGUGACAAGGAGGAUCGCGAGUGGCGUGAGCGCCAUGCGGCCAUCGAGGCUGCUGCGAAAGAGGCUGGCAAGAAGCCUGACCAGACCCCGCCUCAGCAGCCCCCACAGCAGCCCGAUGCUGCUCGGUCGGCGAUUGAGUUGGCGGAUGAGAAGAGGAUGGGUGUUUUGGAUGCAGUUAAGAUGCUUAUUUCCAAGCAGAAUUGA